CGCACCACGCUGAGCGCAGCGCCACAGCCACAAUUGGCCACAAUUUUCCGUGACCUGCGAAGUGCGACGACGUGCGUGCAUGCGACGCGUGCGACGGCAGCCACGAUUACUCGCUCGCACACAACUUCGAGUCCACUCGAGAUACGCCUACUCCGAACUAAUAGUCACCACCGAAUCGAAAUUGAACGUGUCAUCGAUAGAAACGGACGACAAGCGAUCAUACUGUUAUCAUUUGCGUCGAAAUUCGACCGAAGUCUCUGUUCCCUUCGCGUGUAUACGUAUGUUACGACUAUAGAAAUCUCCGAUCUCGAGAGACAUCUUUACGCGCUUUCAGCGCUCCAUUCAAAUUCGGUCGAGGAAGCACGAUGCCUAUAACGGUGGUGUGCGCGAUAUUCGACUGACGAACUCUGAUCGUUCAUUCAUCCUACGGGAACAGGAAUUGAAUUAGAAUGCAAACAACACGUUCUCAAUUCGAGACGAACGAAGCCCAUAUUCUCCGCAAACCAUUGAUCCGCCCUGCCCGCUUUCACGAUAGUCAUUCCUGUUUCACUCGACCCAUAGUAAUAUCUGCGUAACCAGCGACAAUGGACGAAGAAGACGAAGAGGAGGAGGAGGAGGAGGAGGAGGAGGAAGAAGACGUUUCCUGUAAUCGCGACGCUCCAAACGUGGAUCAUAAUUCGGGAAGAUUUCAUGUAUUUCAAGUAGCAGCAACAGAACGUUCCUCGGACCUAAUCGUGUCAACGAAAGUUGAGUCUGGUCGAAAAACUAGAAGAGAGGCUUCAACAGUCGCCACUCAGACUUCUCUGACUUCGUUUCUCGUUAGCUGUGAUCGUGAUAAACGUCUUAUCGACGCGGCGACAUCACCUUUCCAUUUUAACGAAGAAUCUCGCGAAAACGUACAGUCCUUUUCGUCGGCACUCGUUCGGAAUCAGCUGGCAUUGAUCGCGCUCGGUCCAGAAGCCGCGGCGGCACGACCAUUGGCGCGGUCGCGAUCGGGAGACUCUACUUUGCACGUAUCCACCCCGUCGUAUUCAUCGGGCAAAUGCGAGCCUAGAAGCGAGAUUUUGACCCUGACCACCGAUUACGAUGCUCCGUCACCGGAUGCGCGUAGUAGUAGCACGUUCGUAGACGCGACCGAUCAAAACGCCAGCCGAGGUUCGCAUUUACCUGUACGAGAUCCGCGCGAGCCUCCUUGUCUGUUAGACUCGACGUUGAACUUGCCGGGUGCAGAAUCGACGAGCGACGAUGAGUUCGCGCAUGGGAUAGAUCGUCGCCGCCGCCGAUGGAACAUCGUCAGAUUGUUGAACAGUUGUUUAUGCGUGCAUGCCGGCAGUGACGAAGUAUUGAACGCCUAUGUAAAACACAAUCUAUUAUUUCGUCCGAUAUAA